CGGUCAUCUAUAGGUGCCCUAUAUUACUAUAAAUAUUCUUACCUCAGCCUCAACCAUGGUGGGGACUGAGGUGGGUGGACCCUCAGUCUGUGAAAGUCUCCUCCCUGAAUCACCUAUCUUUCGAAUUACUGGAUCCGCCAAUGUUGAAUUAUUUAGAAUUAUUGCUAGAUUUACUAAUAUUAUUUAUGAUGCGUCUAUUGCCAUUUUCACUCUAUCCUCUCAGAACAGUCCUAAAACGUUCAGAUUGUGUUACCUCCCAGGGGGCUGCUCCCAGUUGUUGGCAGGGGUAUGACCCAACUACUUACCUCGCAUAACGCCACCCCAUCCCUCCUUCCCCCUCUUUCAAAAUCCUGGCUUCGUCCCUAAAUGAAUAACAAAAACUUGGUUCACACCAUCAAAUCUUCUUUGAAAAACAUCUGUUUUAUGUUUUGUUGAACAUGCAUUUUAUGUCUGAAAAAUCAGUUGUACAACGUAUCAAACAUAGUUUUUCUCCGGAGCCUGGCUUUAAAUGUUAUACCCUAUUAUUGUAAAAGGCUAAUGUAUAUAAAUAAAUCAACGGAUGGAAUUUAAUAAAUGUCCACCAUGGGGCUUAUGAGCGAGCCAAAGUCGAUACUUGGAAAAAUAAAUAAAUGAAAUGAAAAUAUCCAAUACAAUGCCAUACUUCCUCUGCCAUACAUUGUUCAUGUUGACCAACUGAUAGACCUACAUACAGGAAUUGUUUGUCAGUUCAGAGUCCAAAGUAUAGCCCAUCAGCACGCAUGCAACGACAGUCUUCGAAUCGGACAUGUCUUACAAAUGGCACGGUCAACAUCGGUAAUGUAAAAGGAUAACAGAAUGAAUACAGUUAAAACACUAUCUCUGAAUGAAAAACUGAUCACAAUACUUCUAAUAGUCAAUGGCAUCAUGAUGCUCACGUACAUCUAUCAAAAUAAACAACUUUACGAUAGCAAUGUGACUGUUUUCAAAGAAAAAAAUACCUUAACGAGAAGCACAAACGCGUUUAAAAACAGUGACGCCAUCGAAGAAUACUCAAGGAGGGACGCAGGUCCGAGUAGGAGACAUACAUCUAGCACUACAAACAUUCGUUAUACAAUUGAUGACAGUGACGCAAGAUACUAUAACUUAAGAAAUGACAAAGCAUUGCAAUUCCACUGUGGACACUGCGCUGUUGUCACAAACUCUGGCCAUGUACUCAACAGCAGCGCUGGCUCAAGAAUUGACAGCACAGAAUGUGUAUUGAGAAUGAACUCUGCGCCUACUAUAGGCUUUGAAGAGGAUGUUGGUAAACGCACCACAGUCAGAGUUAUAGGCCAUGCCAACAUAGGAAAGGCUCAAAUUCUCGAAAGUGAAGAGCCUAAAAUGGUUGUUAUACCGUGGCUGUAUUUAACAGAUAUCAACAGAGAAAAGAACGAGUAUUUCAAUAUAGCGAAAAAUCUGUCUAUGAAUCACACGGGUGUCGAAUUCUAUCUAUUCAGUGAGGAUAAAGUUAAUAUAUCCGAAAAAAUGUUUAAAGAAGAAACGGGAUUAAGUAUCCGGAAAGAGGCGCAUUCCUGGUUAUCAACAGGAUGGAUGACUAUGAUAUUUGCGUUAGAUAUUUGUGAUCGCAUUGAUGUUUACGGACUUGUUCCUGAAAAUCACUGCAGGAAAUUGACGAACUGGACUACACCGUAUCAUUACUACGAUCCUGAGUUCAGAUCAGAAUGCGGCUAUUAUAACGAAAGCGAAACCAGAUUAUUAGGUGGACACAAGUUUCUAACGGAAAAGGCUGUAUAUGCAAAAUGGUAUCAAAAGUACAAACUCAAUUUCUAUCAUCCAACAUGGGAUGGCGAAGACUUGGAAACCAGUAACAACAGCACUUUCUUAGAUACCCCGUAUCUUCGACGGUAUCAACACGCUAUGGAAACUGGUGAAAUGAAAAAAGCUUUGCUCAGACGUAAAAAGAAAAAACAAAAAGUUGAAAGAAUUUCGAAUUCUAGAGAGAUACCGAGAAAACGAAAAGAAGCUAGGCUUAAGAAGGCACGGGGAAGAAUUAAAUCAGCCAAAGCACGGAAACGAAAGGCAAAGAGUGUGAAUUCACUGGAAAAAAAUAGCACAUUGCAAGAAGGCAGUGAUCAGAAAAAUAAUCAAUCUACAAGGACUAUAUCAAGAAAAUUCAGAAGCAUAAACACUGUUAGAUUAUCUUCCUUAUAACAAUUAUACCGAUUAUAUGCUUGGUCACCACUGUAGGUGCCUAUUGAGCUAAUCGAGGAGGGGGACAGAUGGUGUCUCGAGGACGAUUUCAGCAGCACUUAUUUCCUACAAGUUACCCUGCUGUUGUAUCAGAAAGUAUAGCACAAGGGGGUUCGUCGACUGCUGAUAUCAAAGGGAUUUCGGACCCCUCUAAUUCGUUCCUAGGGUUAAUCACAGUAAAUUCCUCCCAAACAAGUAAUUCUGCAGCCAGACAAGGGCCCCUCUGACCAAACUUCCGGAAAUCGAAAUCACUCGAGAUAUCUUUUUCCACCCCAGCCACCUCCCUUUUAAGAAAUUCGGCAUGGAUAGCCGAAUCCAUUUACGUAGUAGGCCUACGUCACGUACACUGCCAGGCCGUAUUUUCUGUCGGAGAUGGCUCAUGUACUGUCGUUCUUUUUAACGAUAGCGUUUAACCUUAGUAUAAAAACCUACCUCAUAGAAAGGUUAUAUGCUUUUACACAAGAUACAAGAUACUUUUAUUGUCACUUAUUGAAAAAAAUCACAAGUAAAAUCUUUUUCCUGAUGCUAAUACACAUAAUAAAUAUAAAUAUAAAUACAGAGGUUAGUACAAAAAAACAAAAAAGGGUGAACUGCACACUCAUAGCACAAGGUAUAGCACGUGCAUUAACAUUAUCAUUAUUUAUCAUAAUUCACCCUUUUCUUCUUAAUUGUUGUAAUUAUCAAUAAUAUAAAUAUACAUUAUAAUGAUAAAAUAAUAUACAAGCAUUUUUAACCAAUAGGCCUAUUAAAGUAAAUUAUCAAAGGCGUGAAAUAUACCAUGAGAAAAAAAACGAUACUGGUGGACAGACGUUAAAUUGAACGAACUACACUGAAUGAAAGAGAUAGGUUUUUCUUUUUUAGCUUCAGAAUGAGAAAGCUUUCAUUUACAGAGAGAAGACGACGAUUUGGGACAUAGAGAUUGGCCUUGUUUAGCGCCUGAAUUCAAUCACAUGAAGUAAUGUUCGGUGGCGCUAAAUGAUGGUAUAAUUUCAGAGUGCACAAAAUGGUUAAUCUCAUUAAGUUGUGUAUUUGUAUUAUGUAUAUUAUUAUGUAUUUUUCUUCAACAUUAAUAAUAAUAAUAAUAAUUACAUUAUUAUUAUUAUUAUUAUUAUUAUUAUUAUUAUUAUUAUUAUUAUUAUUAUUAUUAUUAUUAUUGUAGUAUCAUUAUUUAACUUAUUAGAGUUAGUAAAAAACAUAGCCAUUGGCAUAGAUUUAAAGAAGCGCCACUUUGUUACCUCUUGCUGUUCUUUAGAAGCAUAAUAAUAUUGAAUAACGGUUUAAGAUUGUAUUCUUUUAUGUUGGAAUAAUACGGUUUUCAACAAGCAUUUUAAGAUGUUCUAUUUUAUGUACAAACGAAUAAAGAUUUAAAAUCCAAUGAAAAAAAUCUCAAUCUUGUUAUUAUUAGUAUCAAU